AGUAGUAACAAUAACAGUAGCAGUAGCAGUAGUAACAUGAACAGUAGUAGUAACAGUAGUAGUGACAGUAGCAGUAGUAGUAACAGUAACAGUAGUAGUAGUAACAGUAACAGUAGUAGUAGUAACAGUAGUAACAGUAACAGUAGUAGUAACAGAAACAGAAACAGUAACAGUAGUAGUAACAGUAACAAUAGUAACAGUAGUAGUAACAGUAGUAACAGUAACAGUAGUAGUAGCAGUAACAGUAGUAACAGUAGUAGUAGUAACAGUAACAGUAGUAGUAGUAGUAACAGUAACAGUAGUAGUAGCAACAGUGGUAGUAGUAGUAACACUAGUAGUAGUAAUAGUAACAGAAACAGAAACAGUAACAGUAGUAGUAACAGUAACAGUAGUAGUAGUAGUAACAGUAACAGUAGUAGUAGCAACAGUGGUAGUAGUAGUAACAGUAGUAGUAGUAACAGUAACAGAAACAGAAACAGUAACAGUAGUAACAGUAACAGUAGUAGUAGCAGUAACAGUAGUAACAGUAGUAGUAACAGUAACAGUAGUAACAGUAACAGUAACAGUAGUAACAGUAACAGUAGUAGUAGCAGUAACAGUAGUAACAGUAGUAGUAACAGUAACAGUAGUAACAGUGACAGUAACAGUAGUAACAGUGACAGUAGUAGUAACAGUAACAGUAGUAACAGUAGUAGUAACAGUAACAGUAGUAGUAACAGUAACAGUAGUAGUAGUAGUAACAGUAACAGUAGUAGUAGCAACAGUGGUAGUAGUAGUAACAGUAGUAGUAACAGUAACAGUAGUAGUAGUAACAGUAACAGUAGUAGUAGUAACAGUAACAGUAACAGUAGUAGUAGUAACAGUAACAGUAGUAGUAACAGUAACAGUAGUAGUAACAGUAACAGUAGUAGUAACAGUAACAGUAGUAGUAACAGUAACAGUAGUAGUAGUAGUAACAGUAACAGUAGUAGUAGUAGUAGUAGUAACAGUAACAGUAGUAACAGUAGUAGUAGUAACAGUAACAGUAGUAACAGUAGUAGUAGUAACAGUGACAGUAGUAACAGUAGUAGUAGUAACAGUGACAGUAACAGUAGUAGUAGUAACAGUAACAGUAGUAGUAACAGUAACAGUAGUAGUCACAGUAACAGUAGUAGUAGUAGUAGUAGUAACAGUAACAGUAGUAGUAACAGUAACAGUAGUAGUAGUAGUAGUAGUAACAGUAACAGUAGUAGUAACAGUAACAGUAGUAGUAACAGUAACAGUAGUAGUAGUAGUAGUAGUAACAGUAACAGUAGUAGUAGUAGUAGUAGUAACAGUAACAGUAGUAACAGUAGUAGUAGUAACAGUAACAGUAGUAACAGUAGUAGUAACAGUAACAGUAACAAUAGUAGUAGUAACAGUAACAGUAGUAACAGUAGUAGUAGUAACAGUGACAGUAACAGUAGUAGUAGUAACAGUAACAGUAGUAGUAACAGUAACAGUAGUAGUCACAGUAACAGUAGUAGUAGUAGUAGUAGUAACAGUAACAGUAGUAACAGUAGUAGUAGUAACAGUAACAGUAGUAACAGUAGUAGUAGUAACAGUAGUAGUAACAGUAGUAACAGUCGCAGUAGUAGUAACAUUAACAGUCGUAGUAACAGUAACAGUAGUAGUAGUAGUAACAGUAGUAGUAGCAACAGUGGUCGUCGUAGUAGUAACAGUAACAGUGGUAACAGUAGUAGUAGUAGUAACAGUAACAGUAGUAGUAACAGUAACAGUAACAGUAGUAACAGUAACAGUAGUAGUAGUAACAGUAACAGUAGUAGUAGUAACAGUAGUAGUAACAGUAACAGUAGUAGUAGUAGCAGUAGUAACAGUAGUAGUCACAGUAACAGUAGUAACAGUAACAGUAGUAGUAGUGGUAACAGUAACAGUAACAGUAGUAGUAGUAGUAGUAACAGUAGUAGUCACAGUAACAGUAGUAACAGUAACAGUAGUAGUAGUAACAGUAACAGUAGUAGUAACAGUAAAGGUAGUAGUAGUAAUAACAGUAGUAACAGUAGUAACAGUAGCAGUAGUAGUAGUGACAGUAACCGUAGUAACAGUAGUAGUAGUAACAGUAACAACAGUAGCAGUAGUAACAGUAACAGUAGUGGUAGUAACAGUAGUAACAGUAACAGUAGUAGUAACAGUAACAGUAACAGUAGUAACAGUAGUAACAGUAAUAGUAGUAACAUUGGUAGUAGUAAUAGUAACAGUAGUAGUAGUAGUGGUGGUGACAGUAACAGUAGUAGUAGUAGUAGUAACAGUAACAGUAGAAGUAGUAACAGUGGUGGUAGUAGUAGUGGUAACAGUAGUACCAGUAACAGUAGUGGUAGUAACAGUAACAGUAGUACCAGUAACAGUAGUGGUAGUAACAGUAACAGUAGUAACAGUAGUAGUAGUAACAGUAACAGUAAUAGUAGCAACAGUAACAGUAGUAGUAGUAGUAGUAGUAACAGUAACAGUAAAAGUAGUAACAGUAACAGUAAAGGUAGUAGUAGUAACAGUGACAGUAGUAGUAGUAACAGUAACAGUAAAAGUAGUAACAGUAACAGUGGUAGUAGCAGGCCUCGGCCCUGUAAUCCCCUCAGUGCUGGACUAAUCUCCAGGCAGGUACCAGGACUCAGGGCUGUCCCUCAGGUACACUGA